GCAAUUUGCAUUUUGUGAAGGCUUGCGAUGUGAUUACUUGUUCGUUUUUAUUAUAGUGAAAUUUUUAAUUACGCUCGUAACAAAAUGUGAUUACAGAUAUUAAAUAUUUGUGUGACUAUGGUUUUAAUAAAGUAAAAAAGUGCCGUUAUUCUGUUACUUUCAAUAAUAGAUGCUUUAAUUCUAAAUAAUAUUGGUAUUCCAACGCUCUCGCUACUCAAUUUUUACAUCCUGCGUGAAAUGUUACCUUAUAAAGAGAUUCUUUAGAAAAACAAGAAAUGCACAAUAUAUAAUUCAACAUGGAUUCAGGAACUGAUUGGUUGUGUGAAAUUUUACAAAAUGUUCAAUUGGAACAAUUUUAUUUACCAAUCCGAGAUCAAUUGCAGAUAACUAGACUAGCACAUUUUGACUAUGUCCACACAGAGGAUCUUGAGAGAAUUGGAAUUAGUAAACCAGGAAUUCGAAGGUUGCUAGAUGCAGUAAGAAAGAAGAAAUUGCAACUGUGGAAUCGUAAAUUUUGGAAUAAACUGUUUGGCUCUUCUAGUUCAGUUCCAAGAGAAAAGACCGAGUUGACACUAAGACCUCAAAUGCAAACUGAAAGCAGAACUACAUGCAUCAUACUAGAAAAAGACAUUGUGUUACAAAAUGAAUUGGGCAAGGGAUCAUUCGGUGUUGUACGAAAAGGUGAAUGGAAAAUGUCAGAGCACAACAAAGCUCUUCCUGUAGCUGUCAAAGUAUUAAAAGCUGAUGCAUUUUCUCAACCGGGGAUAUAUGAUGACUUCCGAAGGGAAGUGGAGGCAAUGCAUAGCUUGAAACAUCCCAAUUUAAUAAAACUCCAUGGAGUUGUAUUCCAUCCCCUAAUGAUGGUGUGUGAGCUUGCCACUAUGGGUGCUUUAUUAGACUACAUCAGGGCUCAGAAUGGAAAGGUUUCAUUAAACUACAUAUCAAAGUGGUCCGGCCAAGUUGCGGCUGGUAUGGCUUAUUUAGAAAAAAGCAGAUUUCUUCACAGAGACCUUGCUUGUAGAAAUAUUUUAUUGUCAAGCUUGGAACUGGUGAAAAUUGGUGACUUUGGUUUGAUGCGAGCUCUGCCAGACGCAGAUGACUGUUAUGUAAUGAGUGAGAGACGUCGAGUGCCGUUCCCCUGGUGUGCUCCAGAAUCACUCCGGUCAAGGCAGUUCUCACAUGCAUCAGAUGUGUGGAUGUUCGCUGUUGCUCUGUGGGAGAUGUAUACAUUUGGAGAUGAGCCCUGGAUAGGUUUAAACGGUUCGGAGAUCCUUCGUCUCAUAAUGCGUGAAGGCCAACGGUUAUCAGCACCUACAGCCUGUCCACCGGAUGUGUACAUGUUGAUGAUGCAGUGUUGGGACUUGAAUCCGAAAGAGCGGCCCACGUUUGCCGGUAUCUUGCAGUACAUGGAGGCUAACAAAUUCGAAACAGCCAUUGCUGAUCUGAGUUACAGAAAGCAAGGUCAGAUGACAAUAGAGGCGGGCGACUCUAUUAUCCUGAUUGAUAAACGGCCCGAGUUGCAUUGGUGGAAGGGACAAAACCAGCGUACGUUGGAAGUCGGACUAUUUCCCAGCACCAUUGUAACUGUGGCGAAGAACAAAAAUGUUGCUAUAACGAAAAAAGCUCAAACUCUAUCACCAAGCAGAAGGUACUCCAGUCAAACGUCACCGUCGAAAUUGCCAAUCGCAUCAGACGAUUCGGAUGUAAUUCUGCGCAAGCGUCGCACGAUAGAGUCCACUCAGCCAGCGACCACGCGGGCCGGCAACGGCGCCAGCAAGCACUUCAACUACAACAAGCUAAUAAACGACAGAACGCUGCAGCACAACGAACGGAUCGCGAGAGCGGCUAGGGACAACCAAUCGAGGAGUUUGAAUCAGGUCAAAGAAGAUCUAUUGAUCGACCUGGAUCUUCCUCCAGCGACGAGUCGCACGACGCCCGCCAAGCCGACGGCCAGUCAAAACGUGUCUAUUCUUGAUGAACCUAUCGAUGUACCUGAAGUUGGUCCUGAAGCCGACUGGGGUCAACAGAGCAUAGAAAGCCUUCCUACAUAUUCGUCUAAUGCCUCCAACCAGCAGAAUCAAACAAAUCUCUAUGGCGCUAAAUCGCUGGACAGUCUCAACGUUCUAUCGACCCCUAGUAACAAUCAAAUCAACACAAGAAACGAUCCCUUCGAUACAUCGCACUUUUGGCCCAUAAGUAGGCCAAAUGAAACCCAUAGCACAAGACCUAACUAUGAUAUUAACGUAGCAAAUACUCCACAUGAAACAAACGAAUCUCACACUCACCCCUAUUCAAGCGACAAUUUCACAAACACACAAACAUACGAGAAUUCAGUUAGCUCUAGUUUAAACACACUAUCGUAUGGCACUCUCACAAACACAUACUCGAAUAACGAUGCUCUCUCAGAAUUAAGUGUAACCAAUUCACUAGCACAAAUGUCUCUAGAUGAUAGGAUAUCUGAAUCGCUGAAUCUCAGAUCGAAAAACACUAAUUACGACACGAUUUACGCAAAUAGUGCGAUCAAUAAAAACGGGCCCUCAACGUCUGGCACCAAUGCAGUCGAGUUCAGAGACGAUUUUCCCGUGUACAACAAUUUCGACAUAAACCCCGAACAACAACAGUUCAUAUUGGAGACGAAAGACUACUACACGAAAUAUUCCACACCGAAAGUGACGAGUAACUACGAGAAGAACAUUUACGUGCCAAAGGACGAGGGGGAGAAGCUGCGCAAUUUCAGCGAGCAAUUGGAGAAUUCCAAAAAUUACACCGCACUGAAAUAUCAGAAUGUGGACAUUGGGCAAUAUGGGUACACUGGGUACGGUUAUAAUGGCGCUUCUACAUCGCGGAAUGCGGCUUACGAUGAAGUUAAUGACACGGAGAGUAAUAUAUACAGUGAGAUUAAUGAACCGAGCCAGUAUUACGCGCAGGCGACGUACUCGAACGCGUGCUUGUAUGACGAAGUGUACGAGCCGACGCCGCGCCCGCAUCGGCCCGCGCCACCUUGCCCUUCUAAACCUAAAUGACAUUUUUCUUUUUUCAUUUAUGUCAAGUUUACUUAGGAUACAAGACGGACGUCGUCAUUGACGAUUCACAAGCAAUAAAUUAAUUUAGCCCUGGUCUAACAAUGCAGCUCAAUUUUCUAGAAAUAUGCAAAUGAAAAAAUUAUUUCUUUUUUUUAUUUUUUCUUUUAGUUUACGCUUCUAGUAUGCAGUAGCAUACAAGUUUGGAAAAUUAAAACUGUUUCCAAAUAUUUUGCCGCUGUGUAGAUUUGGUAGUGUAAAUAGUCACAUAUUUUUGUUAAAUUUGUACAUUUACUAUCUCCCCACUUUUGGAGAAGUUUUGUCAAAAACCAUUUUAAUCUUGUAGAUUUUAUGACAAUGUCUGCAGUUUAAUGUUUCGUAUUAGUAUGAUUAAUAAUACGUAUUAACUAUCAUAUAUUAAAGAUAUUGAUGUACAAUCAGCUAUUACCCUUAUUGAAUACUGUAUAAUAAAUUUAUUCUAAUCACAGUUUCUAAAAAAGCGCAAGAUCGAUUCCUAUUGAAAACUGAUAAGAUUACUGCAUCUGGCAGAGCUUCAGGUCAAUUAUUAACACAUUGUCCUAAAAUCUAUCAAUGAAAUAACGUGAAAUGUGUGUGCGCCUUAACCCGUAAGGAGACGGUAUAAUUUUUAUAAAACGUAAUUUCCUUGUAUAUUCCAUACUAAUUAAACAACAUCGUUAGAAGAGUUACAUUAAGUUAAAUGCCAUUUCGUUGCUUGUAUGUUCUGAUUUGAAUAGUAUUAUUUUGAGAUUAAGUUAUGUAGUGUGUUCAUUGUAGUGACUAAGGUAUUACUGGUGUAUGCUAUUUAUGUUCUCUUAGUUAAAGUACCUUAAUCAUAUCAGUAUAUCUCACAUAAGGUUCUCACGUAGAAUUAUUGUUUUUAAAAGCAAACAUCUUUUAUAUGUGGACUGUUUGUUGUACACAUUGUAGGGUUCGCUUGAUAGGUUAGUACCUAAGUAUUUAGUUUGAAAAUGAACCUUUAUAUUUGAAAUGUUUUAAUUGUGAUUAUAAAUUAAACUAAAAAACGUCUCUCCUUGUGUAAAUGAAGUCCAGUGCCUAGAAUUAAUACUUUCUUUAUUAUGGAUUAUCGCUGCUAUUUAUUUUCUACUUUAACAACUAUUAUUUAUAUCUUUUGAGUGUACCUUCAUGAUCUAGAUUCUAGAUGAUAUACAAAUGUUAUUAUUCAAUAAGUUUUCUUGCGCUAAAUCUACUAUGUACGUCCUUUUUAAAAAUUACUAUGUAAUAAAAAAAGAUGUGUAUUAAAAAGUAUAUUAUUAUAAUAUAUCGGCAGUCUAAUUGGUUAUCAAAGCUACAUAGUUAUAGUAUACCUAUUAGUUUUAGGUAAUUUUUCUAUACACAACGUAAACAUUUAAUAUUUUUGUAAUGUUUUUAAAUAUGCCUUGUGUUGCCAGAAAUUUAAAUAAUUGUAUAUAUAACUAUCAAAGAUUUUAACUUUAAAAACAAUGCAAUAAUUAAUGUAGACCAUUGUCACACAAAUGCGUAUUAGUUACUGUUCACAAAGUGAAGUGUAUACAUAGAAGUAUCAAAUUGUGCUAUGAGUCGUUUACAGGAAUAACCAUGUUAAGUAUAUUGAAAUAAGGUUUCCUUAUCAUGCUAAUCUAUCUUGUUCUUAUAUUUUAUAGCUUCACCAGUGUAUAGAAAAAUGGAUUUAUUGUAUGGUAUUAAGAUUUAAACAAAAUUAAUCUUCACAUGGUGCCUCACCAUAACGUACCUGUUAUAGAAGCUGCUAUGUAUAGAACAUAUUUCGAUUUAUUUUUCAGUCACUGAAAUUCGACUUUAUGUUAAAUUGCAACACUGAUACAAUGUUUGUACAGAUUGCUAACUCAAAAGUUCUUAUAAUUUCAUACAAUUUGUUUAUGUGUUAGUAAUUUUAUAUAUACUAAGAGUGAAGACGAUUAUUCAUUGCAGUACUUGUAUAAACUGUAUAGUUGUUUAACAUAUGUAAACUUUAGUGGUACUUUGUCUUGUGUAUUAUAAUUGUGUUAUCGUAAUACAGAGAUUUUUUUAUAUA